AUGAGACUCUCUAUCGUCACCUUUUAUGUCUACCUUCUCAUUACAGGGGCGCUUUGCAAUGAAUUUUCAGGUCCCUAUCAGUCGGUUUUGAUCUGGUAUGCUUACCGCAUGGACAUUUUGGCCAAUGGUGCCGAUGGCCGCACUCUUCUCAAAGGCUCUACGAUGCCGGCCACUGGACCUGAUGGAAGCUUUACAUUUGAUGAGUUUCUCAGAGCUCUUCAAAGAGUUAGUAAAAAAACCAAGCUAUGGACUGGAACGUCCGGUGUUGGCACAGAAAUGAGCCCGAAUGUGGUUGACGCCGCGGUCGGUAUUGCCGACGCCGCCAAUACAGGUAAAAAGACUGAUAAAUAUCACAAUUCGGUGGAUGAAAAGCAGCUAUUUCCCAAUAUUUUUGGACCUAACUCGGCCGACACAAACUAUAUCGAACUCUUUGGACAUAUUUUCGAGAAUAUGCAGGCAAAUCGCAAAAAGGUCUCCAUGGAUGGGCCCUAUGGCAAAACCACCCAAGCCAAGGAACUCAAUCAAAAGAGUUUCGAUACGGCUGUUGACCGGUCACGGGAGGCAAUUCAGGGAGUGCGCCAAGGACGGCUUGCCGAUUUGGCCGACAAGCAAAUCAAGGCCGUGAACAAAUUCAUGUCAGAGAAAGGAAUGAGCUCGGAGGCGGUAACAGAUGACAAGUCGGCCAUGGAAGGGAAGCUCAAAUGGAAGGAGAUCAAUACAGCGGCAACUCUCGCAGCGAACUCUGGUGCAACGGCAGAACUAAAACAGGCUUUCAUUGCUUAUACUGCUGAGAACUACGGGGGCGAAAAUGAGAAAGGCCGACGAGAUGCUCAUCUGGCGGCCUUGCAAUUCACCCAAACAGCCGAGAGCCGACUUUGGAACUCUGACUUCUGCUGA